UUGGGCUGGGUUGAGGAACCAUGCAUUGGUGGCCUUGUUGUUACCCAACAACCCCUUUAUGUGCCCCUUGGUCUGGCUAUUUGAUAAAUAGCCCGUAUGCCCCCUAGACGAGAGAGCUGUGGCAAUAACUCGCCUAUAUUCAAGGUCUCUCCCGAUACUUAAGAUCUCUCCCGGUACUUCUGAUCACUGCGGUUCUAUAUCCUAAACACCUGGCAGACAAUGGACGGUCUCAAAAACUUCAAAAUUCCCGUCGUGGGGCUCUAUGGUGUCCCUGGUUCGGGCAAAAGCUUCCUCAUCCGCCAACUCAAGGAGCAGCUCGGGGAGGGAGUGUUCCGCUUCUUCGAGGGCUCCGAUGUGAUUGCCUCUCUGGCCGAGGGUGGCCUCGAAGGCUUUCGACGCAUGUCAGAUGAUCAACAGAACACUAUUCGGCGGGCCGCCAUCAGCAAGAUUCAAGAAGAGUGCGAGUUUCUCGGACGCGUCGGAGUCGUCGCCGGCCAUUUCAUGUUUUGGACGGAGGGGGGAAAGGAGGGAAACCAGGUUAUCACGCCUAUGGAUUUGGCCGUUUUCACGCACAUUUUCUACAUUCAUGUCCCUGCCGAAGUCAUCUCCCAGCGCCGCUUGUCAGACAAAGAGAGAGAUCGCCCGCCUGCCUCUGUUGACCAUCUCCGCAAAUGGCAAAACACUGAAGAAGCCCGUCUCAGACUCCUUUGCCGCCAGAACCGAAUCAUUUUCACCGUCGUGCCCCAUCAUACGUGCUUAGCCAACAGGAUCUCGGUACUCCUGCGCAAUGUCGCUUCCCAUACGGAAGAGAACAACAUGGAUCGGGUCCAGAAAAGGCUAGAUGCCAUCGUGCGAGCUGCCAACAACCGGGGCCGCAUCCAUCGCAUGCUUGUUUUCGACGGGGACAAGACUCUGGCUCCUGUGGAUACCGGGGCUUUGUUCUGGAAGGCAGCGUCAGCGGCUGGUGUAGUCGAGACAGACGAGAUCCAAGGCUGUCCCCUGAAGGCCUUAUUCGGCAGUCCAAUGGGUUAUUCGUACGCCGCCUUCCGCCAGGCCUCUUUCCUGUACGGGGAGAAUAUCGACGACCAAGACUUCGAACAGCUCUGUGCCGAGGUUGCAUCUAUGGUGACCAUUCACCCCGAGUUUCUGUCCUUCCUGUGCCUGUUGGAGGCAGACAAUAAUGUGGGGGCCGUCGUCCUGACAUGCGGGCUGCGCCAAAUCUGGGAGAAAGUCCUGGAGCGCGAGUCUCUGCUCGGGAUCGUGAAGGUCAUCGGGACGGGGAGAGUCGCAGACCCGGACUCUUUCAUCGUUACAGCCAAUGUCAAAGCCGCGGUGGUCGAACAUCUUCAGCGAGCUCAUCGCACCAGGGUAUGGGCAUUUGGCGACAGUACCUUGGACUUACCCAUGCUGAGGGCGGCCGAUGAAGCCAUUGUGGUUGUCUGCGAGGAACAGAUCCGAAGCAGGUCAAUGGAGGCAUCCCUGCACAGAGCCGUCGACCAUGAAGGUUUCCGAGCACGACAGCUUCUGUUGCCCAACGACACGAAGCCACGUCUCAGCAUUGGCUGCUUACCCCUGGUUGGGCUCGACGACCAGGACUUUCUUGAAUCCAUUUUCACCUCGGUGCACCUGAAGAAAGCCAGACCUCGUCACGAGGGCUUUGAACCUGGCCGAGUACGAGUGAUUGGAGCGUCAGGCACCGGCGCAAGCCAACUCUUAAUGACUCCCAUGCGCGAUGCCAGAAUUUCCGGUCCGGCCCUACGGAAAGCACAUCGCGUGGUUGGACGCUAUAUGGCAACAACGUAUCUUACUGAGGUUAUUGGGCUUGAGGAGUCCCCGAUCCCGCACGUCCAGGGGUACGAGACGACCGGCUUCCGCCUGCGUGACGAGGAAAAGACGUUGAUCGUGCCCCUGAUGCGAGGAGGCGAGCCGAUGGCUUUAGGCGUCAACGACGCCUUUCCCGGCGCAAUGUUUCUUCAUGCGGCUCGGCCUGAGGACGUCAAGCGGGAGCAUCUCGAGGACCUGCGUACUGUCAUCCUGGUCGACUCGGUCAUCAACACCGGGAAAUCUAUUUCGGAAUUCGUCAAGCAUGUCUCCAAACAGCGCGAAGACCUUCGAAUCGUCGUGGUCGCCGGCGUACUCCAAGACAGGGCGGUUCACAAAGGCGAGUAUGCGCUCGACAAGCUCUCAGUGUAUGGCCUCGACGCUGUUGUACCGUUCCGGGUCUCGGAGAAUAAGUAUACCGGUCGAGGGACAACGGACACGGGGAACCGCCUAUUUAACACUGUCCAUUUGGCCUAGAGCUGUUGCACUUGGCCGCAUUCACAUCCCGACGGCCAUUCGCCCGCUUUACUUGCUGGAGGGACGAUUGGGACGAUCAUGGUGGAAAUGACCAAGUGAGUCUGACUUUGAGUAACCCAUGCUGUGCAUUGGAUCCAAUGUCAGCAUUGGAUUGAGACUGCUUUGUCUAAAAAAGGAAAAGAAAAGAAAAAUGGCCCGUUGUCCGUCUUGCCAUAGUGAUAUGCAUUUGGUUAUUGCAGUGACUUCAGUGCCUGACGAAUAACGACUGACUGAUGCGACCGCCUCUCUGAACUCGCAGGGCCUGACCCUCCUUCUGUCACAUUAUAACGUGUAUAAGCACUUGCAAGAGCGCCACAGUAGGUACGUACAAUGAUAUGGGAAUUCCCUUUUGGC